AUGGGAGGAAACGACCCCGACUUCUCAGUCUGGGACGCGAAGCAGCAAGAAGUCGUUCCAGCUUGUCGCGUGGAGCCCACAUCUGCCAGUGAUGUCGCAAGGGCCCUUGAGAUUAUUGUCGACAACUGGUGUCGGUUCGCCGUCAAGGGAGGCGGCCAUUCGACAAAUGUUGACGCCUCCAACUCGGUUGGCGGGGUAACGAUCGACUUGAACCGAAUGGAUCAUAUUGAGCUGGCAGAUGACAGAUCCUGGGCCAAUCUAGGCCCCGGAUUGGUUUUGGGAGAGGCGUACGCGGCGUUGGAGCAGCACGAAUUGUCAAGCAUCGCGGGACGAGUUGCCGAUGUUGGUGUGCCCGGCUACACUCUGGGGGGAGGAAUUUCGAACCUGUCCCCGCAGUAUGGACUGGCAGUGGACAAUGUCUAUGAGUAUCAGGUCGUGCUGCCCAAUUCCACUAUCGUUAACGCCAGCGAGACGGUGAACCCAGACUUGUACUUCGCGCUACGGGGAGGCGGCAACAACUUCGGCAUUGUCACAAACUUCCGUUCUCGACUUGUACCUCAGGGAAAGUUGUUAUCGGGAGACAAGACCUUUCAUGCCAACUACACGGCGCCAUUGCUCGACGAGGUCUUCGAUCUUACCACAACGAAAUCCAACGACACCUCCAUGUGUUACUCGACUCGAUACUUCUGGGACUCUUCGGAGAGUCGUUUCCAAAUGUCCGUCACUCAAGCAUAUUACGAGCCGAUCCUCGAGCCCGCCGUGUUUGAUAGCCUCAACCAAAUACCGUUUGAAUCCAGCACCGUGCGGGUAGACUGGAUGAGUAAUUUUGCGCUGGAGAACGUCGGCCCUCGUGUGCUGAGACGAUUGUACGCCACCGUCACAUUCCGUCCAUCUCGAGAGCUAUAUGAACAGGUACAAGAUAUAUUUGCGGAAGAGGCCGAGGCCGUUAAGGAUACGCCGGGAUUUGCGUCUUCAAUUGUACUCCAGGCGCUGCACAUCAAUGCCAUCAAGGCGAUGAAAUCGCUCUAUUCACUCUGGGCUGGCGAGAUCGCGAAGACGACGAGGCGAUGA